AUGGCGGCCAUCUCCGCGGAAGAGAAGGCGCGCACUCUGGAGCAAUGCGAGUGUUAUCUGGACGCGGCGAUAGAGCGCCUGAACAACCUGCGGUUGGAUGAUCCCAAGCCGGACGGCGAAGGCCCUUCUCCUGACGGCAAUGGCGUCCAGCUCGCCGGCGCCCCUGCUCCUGCACAGACCACCGCCGCUGUCGCCUCGGCAGCAGAGACCAACCUUCCGGUUCCAUCAGGCGGCUGUGGCGACAACCGCACCAAAUGGGUCGAGGAACUCAUCCAACAGAUUACUAGCGCAGAUGACGUGCACGACGCCAGGGCCCGCGCCGCUAGGCUGCUGGAGUCCUUGGAGCGCUCGGUCGCCGCAGAGCGUGACGUCGCCGUCUGGCAGAGCGGCGUCCUGAAGAAGGCGGUCCUCUUGCAGCACCGGCUGCACAAGGCGCAGGAGGAGGAGAACCGGGAGCUCCAGCGCCAGGUCGCGGCGUGCCAGGAGCGGGUGAGGAGGCUCGAGUAUGACAACUACGCCCUGUCCGCGCACAUCAGGCAGGCGCAGCCGAAGGGGGGCUCCAUGUCCGGGAGGUUCCACCCGGAGGUUUUCUGA